UUCCCGAUCGGUUCCCUCUCCUCCGCAGAGCCUCGAAGAAAUCGUCGAAGGCGCCGCUGCCCGCCGCUCCUUCCUCGCUGCUGGACUCCGAGGAGGAGGAGGAGUCCAAGCCCAUGAGCUACGACGAGAAGCGCCAGCUGAGCCUGGACAUCAACAAGCUGCCCGGGGAGAAGCUGGGCCGGGUCGUGCACAUCAUCCAGUCCCGCGAGCCCUCGCUGCGCGACUCCAACCCCGAGGAGAUCGAGAUCGACUUCGAGACGCUCAAGGCCAGCACGCUCAGGGAGCUCGAGAGAUACGUGCUGUCGUGUCUGAGGAAGAAACCGCGCAAGCCCUACAGCGAAAGUGAGUGAACGCAGGGGUGGAGUUGGGGGUUUGGGGAUGUCGGGCUCGGAGCUGGAGCGCUCCGUGCUGUCGUGUCUGAGGAAGAAACCGCGCAAGCCCUACA